CCAUUCGAUAGUGGCGAUCCACAGCAUCAUUUGACUCCUACCGACCGUGCGCUGAAAAAAUGAAGCUCCUCGCAAUUUGCGUCCUGAUCGCCGUCUGCCUUGCCGUCGCCUCGGAGGCUAAGGUGACCAAAAGGCCCAAACCGACUUUAGCACCAAGGCCAACGGCAAAGCCCAAACCGUCAGUCAAGCCCAAACCAUCGGCUGCGCCCAAGCCAACGAAAAAGCCGGCACCAACUCGUAAACCGAGGGAUCUUUAUGAAGAUGAGCUUCGCCAAGAUUCAACUCGUCGCCCUCGUCCAUCCCGCCGCCCAAGGACUGAAAGGCCCCACCCAUCCCGCAGGCCCAGAACCGGCAGGCCCCACCAUCCUAGCCGCCGACCCCGCCCAGCAUCUCGCAGACCGAGAGAUCUCCAGGAUGUCCAGCAGGAACUUCGCCAAAAGACCCGUGCGCCAAAAACUCCCAAGCCUUCCAAAGCGCCCCGUACCCAAAAGCCUAAACUGACUAAAGCGCCUAAAACCCGCAAGCCUAAAGCGACUAAAGUCCCUAAGACCCUUAAGCCUAAACCGACUAAAGUCCCUAAGACCGUUAAGCCCAAACCGACAACUACCACUACUCCGGCGCCUUAACUUGUGACGGCGUGGUAAAUGAAUCGCCGAUAUUCCUUUAAUCACUCAAUUUCAGUCACAAAUGUAUUGUGUCUAAUUGAAGUGUUGAUAUUUCAGCGAAGAUUAUUGGAUCGGACGGUUUUUUAUGACAUUGGAUAAAAUAUAUUGGCAAUUUCUAAAAUGAUUUAGACGACGCUUAAUAAAAUUGGAUAGUACUGAA